AAGAGUGCUACCACGGUGACAGAGACAGAGUAUCUGACUGUAAAUGUGUAAUAUAUUAUUUCAUCCGUUGUUCAGACAGAUGAGCGAGCGAAAUCAGAUUAGACAGCCCGGUUACAAACAGUCAGUUUAGUUUAAAAUAUUGAAACAUUGUUGCACGCUUCGACAUCCUUUAAUUACACAUGAAAGUAACAGUUUUCUCCUCUGAAAUAUCCAUGAGGGAUGCGGUCUUAUUUUAUCACUCCUAAAGCAGUGAAGUACUGCUACUUUUGUGGUCAUAUUGUAGCCAACGUCGACUACUAGUCUUCCAGCCUACUAGGGAAGUUGGGGUUGCUGUCGUUGUCUGUUUUGUUUUAAAGUGACAGGAAAGACCGCACGCUGUAAAACAUUCAGCCCGGACCGAAUCGACGCGAUGAUUCCUGAAUGUCCCCGGAGCCGAACGCGGUGCCACUAUGGCCAGGUAGCCGAACCAAACCAGAACUGUUUUGGGCUACUUUCCGAGAUCAAAACUCUUAUCAAGAAUGAAACAUUCACUGACCACUACACCAUCAUUCCGGGCAAAGAACUUGGCAGGGGGAAGUUUGCCGUGGUGAGGAAGUGUGUGGAGAAGUGCACUGGGCAGGAGUACGCCGCCAAGUUCAUGAGGAAGAGGAGGAAGGGCCAGGACUGCAGGCUGGAGAUCAUCCACGAGGUGGGCGUUCUAGAGCUCGCCACGGCCAGCCAACGGGUGGUCAACCUGCACCAGGUCUACGAGAUGGCCUCCGAGAUGGUGCUCGUCCUCCAGUUUGCAGCCGGAGGGGAGAUCUUUAACCAGUGUGUAGCGGAGAGGGACGAGGCCUUCAAAGAGGAGGACGUUAAGAGGCUGUUGAGACAGAUCCUAGAGGGAGUCUCCUUCCUCCACAGGAACAACGUGGUCCACCUGGACAUCAAGCCCCAGAACAUUCUGUUGACCUGCGAUGCUCCUCUGGGGGACAUCAAGAUUGUGGACUUUGGUCUGUCCAGGAUGGUGAGCAGCAGUCAGGAGCUCAGAGAGAUCAUGGGGACCCCGGAGUAUGUGGCUCCAGAAAUCCUUAAUUACGAACCAAUUAGCACAGCAACAGACAUGUGGAGUAUUGGGGUGCUGACCUACGUGAUGCUGACAGGUACCUCUCCCUUCCUGGGGGAGGACAAGCAGGAGACCUUCCUCAACAUCUCCCAGAUCAACGUCAGUUACCAGGAGGACGAGCUGGAGCAUGUAGACCAGGCCGCCAUCGCCUUCAUCAAGCUCCUGCUCGUCAAAGAACCCCAGAACCGUGCCACGGCAGAAGAGUGCCUGCAGCACCAGUGGCUCCAGCCAAAAGAGAAAAGGGAAGCCAAGGCGACAGUAGAGGUGAAAGAGACUAUAAGCCCCACCAAGUGCACCUCUGAGCCAGCCAGCCCCGAGAACCCCAUCAGGGGGGAGGAGGAGGAAGGCACCGAAACUGAGGAGUUGAUCGUGAUGGCAGCCUACACACUGGGCCAGUGCCGCCAGUCAACAGACAAGGAGGUCAUGACCCCCGACCAGAAGGCCAUCUCCAAACGCUUCAAGUUCGAGGAGCCCUUCAGCGCCCUCCAAGAGGUUCCUGGAGAAUUCAUCUACUGAAGGACUCGCACACACACAUCUCAUCCUCUACACUAGGUGGUCCUGGAGAGCUAGUGGUGGUGUUGGGUCUCCCUUCUGCCCUUCACUGACACACCAGAUAAUUCAGAUCGUCACGGCCCUGAUUAGUUGCUUAGUAGAAUCAGGUGCAUUAGUGAUGGGUUGGAGCCAAAGCCUGCACCAACCAGUAGCUCGCAAAGAACCUGGGUGGAAAAACUCCUGCUCUUACAUCUAGGGAAAAGCAGUUAAAAACAUUGCACUUACAAACCACAAGAAACAUCUCACACUUUUCUAACCCACCUCACGGUCUGAAUUCGUAAACCAAACUGUUUUUUUUUGUCCCUUUUUCAUAUACAUCCUGGCGUUUCUCUAGACUAAGCCUUGUUGUGACGUAACUCCAGAAUGAGCCUUGUUGUGACGUUAUUCCAGACUGAGCCUUGUUGUGACGUUAUUCCAGACUAAGCCUUGUUGUGACAUUACUCCAGACUAAGGCUUGUUGUGGCGUUACUCCAGACUGAGCCUUCUGUGACGUUAUUCCAGACUAAGCCUUGUUGUGAAGUUAUUCCAGACUAAUCCUUGUUGUGACGUUACUCCAGACUAAGCCUUGUUGUGAAGUUAUUCCAGACUAAUCCUUGUUCUGAUGUUACUCCAGACUGUGCCUUGUUGUGACGUUAUUCCAGACUGAGCCUUGUUGUAAUGUUACUCCAGACUAAGCCUUGUUGUGAUGCUUUACUUUCUUUUUCUUUGGUGCCUUGCUGGGAGAAUUAGAGAUGGAAUUGCAUCUUUUUUGUCCAUGUUUUGUCUGCCUUGUAUUUUCUUUAUGUUUAAGGUUAUAGAUAUCGUCUGUAUGGGGAAAGGGGGUUAAUUUUAUAUAUAUAUAUAUAUAAAUAUAUAUAUAUAAAUAC